UAAUGAUAUAUUAUAUCCAUCGAGACAAAUAGGCGUACCUAUCAAUUCGAGCCGUGUUAUAAAUCAGGAGCUAAGAGACAAUCAGCAAUAGUUUCCUCUAGCGACACCCUGGGCGUUUGUUUGUCUUCAGGUUGCAUCCGAAGAGGCGGAUCUACCUAUUCUUCAGUAGAUGUGGCCCUAUGUGCCGGGAAGUUGUUGGUCUCAUAUUAAACACAAGGAUGGUGCUUGGCUCACUCCGGCCUCCACUUGCUCGCGCUUCUACAUCGAUUCAGGAGUCAUAUAUAGUCUGUCUCCCUUCAAGCUCCGCUCCACGACUAGCGUUCUUCAUCAUCCAGGCCAUUUAGUCAGUUGUUUGCCCUUGCUUUCUGUGAGGCUAUCCUCAGUCUGCGUUCUACGGACGAUACAACAACAACGUAGUAGAUAUGGAGUCGAAUACUAUUCAAAGGAAGGCGACCCUGCAUUCCUCAUUCCCGCUCCGUACAUUGCAACCACAGUCGUCUCAGCUGAAUUUCGGUCGGCUUCCGAGCCCUUUUUGGCACAAAGGAGCGGACGGCACAACACGACGUACUCCUAUCACUCCUAUCCCGGAACCGCCUUAUUCCCCCACAAGUGAUAGCUCCCGCGCCUCAUUCUCCCAAGCUUCAAACACAGAUUCUUGGGACAUAACCUCAACCGCACCCUCGCUCUUCCAAGAUUCAAGCGCGGACUCCUGGGAGAUAAUCUCAAACGCACCCUCGUCUCCACAGACACCUUGUUCAAAAUAUGAACUCGAUGAGACUCCUAUCAAACUUGAAUCAAUACCGCCUCACCGAGGAACUCUCAAGCAUAGGCGUGACGGUUUGGAUGAAGCUUCCAAGGACAUCAAACUCCCCGUACCCGAAUUACCAAGUCUCAAUCAUGUCCUUGCCCGAUAUGAACAUAGAAAUUAUCAUCCCUCUUCGCGCCCAAGGGCCAGGUCUUUGAACGGAUCUUGUGCCAGUCCGGUACCUAAGAAUGAACAUACGCUCUCAAACAGACUAGCACAUUCCCUAUCUGAAGAUCCUAUCGUUCAGUGCCUCAAUCUAUGGAGAAAGGAAUCUGGCGAUACGAAGAGUCUCCUAUCGCAACCACGAAUCCGAGAAGGGUCUUCAAUUUUACACAUCGAUUUAGAUUUUCGCGAACCGGCACCAGUUCUCCGCCGUGAGAAACGGCAAUACACGCCACUGCUCGGCGACCGCUGUCGACGGUCCCCGCCCGGAGAAGAAAAGGAGGAACCUAAGGAUGAUGCAAAGACCCCUCAUAAUAACGUCAAGUACUCGAUAGAGGAAACGGACUACAUCCGCUUCAACAGGUACGAGAAGAAGCUCUCAUGGGAAGAGGGAAAGCGUCUCUUCCGAGAAAAAUUCCCGAUGAACCGCGAGAAACAGGGCAUCCAGGGUGUCCAUUACCGGGACAACAUGCACGUCCCCCACCUUGUAGACGGGGGGAGAACGCUAGUAUUCUUAGAAAAUGGACACAUCGAGGGCGUCCAGGCACAGGUUCGACAGCAAGGCGAGGCUAAGCAGCAAUACGGCCUUACUCACCUGUAUCCCGAACGAGCCUUGCUUUACGACUGGGUGCCGCUUGAGUUCAAGCAAAUCGCCGCGCGUCUCGUGAAGGAACGCGUCGCCCAAAGAGAGGCCAAGAAACGAGAGCUCAUAGCAACAGGCAAAUGGAAGGAGAAAGACGAUACUGGCACUUGCGCUUGCUGCCCGAAGCCGGAUCGCAAGAGGGACGAAGACAAACAAUUCACUCCUAAGCGGUUACCGGGACAUCGCCUUUCGCGGCCGAAACACAUGCGUGGCCAUGGAAGGCUAUACGAUGCGAGGUAUCUCUCGCGAAGUGGAAUGGACACAGCAUUUUACCCUCGCGAAUACGAGGCCAAGCGACGAAAAUUCGGAUCUGAAAAUAUCUAAGAGGGCACGACUAACACAUUCGGUUCUCUCUACUUGAGUGCCUAGGUGCCUACUUGGGUAUAAUUGGACGCUACUGCCUUCGUCCCGUCCUUUUCGUUUCAUCCUACCUAGAUCGUACAUACAAAUACGCGCAAUUCACCUCGAUUCAUAUUGAUUUUGAUGUAUACUUGUUCACCUCUCAAGUAAAUACUCGAAAUUGGUGCGACGU